CUCGGGAUCUCCAAGUGCCCCCCUCUGGACCCCAACAUGCUCCCCCGUUCCCUGAGUGUUGCCCCGGACUCCAAGACCUCCCCAGACUCCCAAAUGCCACCCCAGACGCCUAAAUGCCUCCCAAUUCCCUCCCUUGCGCCGUGUUCCCCAAGAGCGCCACGGGGCCCCUCGACACCCGAUCCCAGCCAGGCCCUGCUCAGGCCGCACCCUCGCGGGCCAGAGAAGGCGAAGCCUCUGCUUGGCUCUACUCCCUGCACCUCCAUCCUCGAUGACCCCCUCGUCCAAUGGCGCUUGAGGCGCUGCCGAGGGGAGGAGCCAGCGCUGGACACGCCCCUGGUGGGCAGGGCUCUGCUGGGCUCUGCCGCUCCCCAGGCUGCCCUGCAGGGAGUGCCACGGGGAAGGUCACGUGAUCCCCCCUGGACCCUGCAGGGGGCCGUGCCCUGGGAGUCACAUGACCCUGAGGCCCCAGGGCCAAUCACGAGACACUUCCGCAGGCACCAGGAGGCGUCUUCACCCCAGGCUGUCUCCCAGGAACCCUGGUGGCAGGAGCCAUGUUGGAGGUCACAUGACACCCACAAGGCCUUCUGGCCAAUGAGGAGCAGCUCGCUGGACACCCUGCAGGGGGCACUAUACUCACGGUCACGUGACUCCCACGAGGUCCCCUGGCAGAAGAGCAGCAGCAGCUGUGCAUCUCUGCACGUGGGGGCUCCACCCUGUGGGAAGCAAGAGUCCCAGGACCCUUUGCGGCAGGAGCCAUUUUGGGGGCCACAUGACGGCCCCUGGGCUCAGCGGCGUUUACCAGAUUGGAAGUUAUGUGAUUCCCAGAGUGCCCUGCGGCCUGCAAGGGAAGCGCUUCCUGAGCCCCUUCACUGGGGAGGGCGGGGCUUGAGGUCAUGUGACACCUGUGUGGGCCCACAGCCAAUCAGGAGCACUGCUUGUGAUGCCCUACAGGGGGUGCCAUUGCAGCAGCCACUGGGCCCCCAAGGCUCUCUGCAGGACCCCCUGCUCCGGAUACUGCGAUGCCACCGCCGAACCAUAAGGGGACGCCUUCGGGCCAUCGAGACCCUCCUGGAAUGCCCACCUGGGCACCCCCAAUCCAUCGUGGGGCCAAUAAAGAAAUGACCCCAAAA